AUGACUGCCCCAUCAACGAGCAGACUCCCGGCCUGGCAACCGGGUCCUUUUCCCGAGGCUCAAGCGCAAUCAUCGUCAAGCGGCACCCAGUCCUACGACUUGCCUUCUCACCAUGUCUUGGCAGACGGAACCCCCGACUACCUUCGACUGACGCUCAGCGCAGACGUGUACGAUUUGGUCAAAUCGACUCCGCUCCAGACCGCUACCAACCUCUCUAGCAGAUUGGGCUGUGAUGUGUUCAUGAAGAGGGAAGAUCUACAACCUGUCUUCAGCUUCAAGCUUCGAGGUGCUUAUAAUAUGAUGAGGAGUCUGCAAGGCGAGAGCAAGUGGAAAGGCGUCAUUGCAUGUAGUGCUGGUAAGUUUUGCAACUCGUUCAGCGCGCCCCCGUGAGGUUCAGGCAUACUCACUUCUUUGCGCACCUCAUGCGCUGUGUGCUGGUGCAGGCAAUCAUGCUCAAGGUGUCGCGCUAUCAGGUCUGCACUUGUCCAUCCCCUGCACCAUCGUCAUGCCGAUGGGCACCCCAUCCAUCAAAGUGGACGCGGUGCGCAGACUGGGCGCCAAAGUGGUGUUGCACGGCACGGACUUUGAUGGGGCUCAAGCGGAAUGUCGGAGGCUAGCCUCGGCUUACGGGCUGACCUUGAUUCCUCCUUUCGACCAUCCCCUGGUCAUUGCUGGUCAAGGCACCGUCGGCGUAGAGCUUUGCAGACAGACGGACAUGAGCCGCAUAGAUGCCGUCUUUGUCUGCGUGGGUGGAGGUGGCUUGCUGGCAGGCAUCGCAGCGUACGUGAAGCGCAUUGCCCCACCACACGUCAAAGUCAUUGGCGUCGAAACCUAUGAUGGAGAUGCGCUCGCUAGAAGCCUGGUCAAGGGGCAGAGGGAGUUGUUGAAGGAAGUCGGUCUGUUCUCCGAUGGAACAGCGGUUCGAAUCAUCGGCGAAGAGACUUUUAGAGUAUGCGCGGAGCUGGUGGACGGCAUCGUCCGGGUGGACACGGAUGAGAUUUGUGCAGCCAUUCGCGAUGUCUUUGAAGGUGAGAGAUGGCCGUGGAGCUUGACGCAGCUUGAUCUGUGACUGGCACUUAGUCCUCUCCCUUUACAGAUACGCGAUCCGUGCCGGAACCAGCAGGCGCUUUGGCAGUAGCAGGCAUGAAGCGAUACGUCACCGAGCAAGGCUUGCACGGCUCAGGCAAGCGCUUUGCAGCUAUCGUAAGCGGAGCCAAUAUGAACUUCUCAAGGUUACGGUUCGUCGCCGAACGAGCCGAAUUAGGAGACCAAAAGGAGGUGCUUCUGAUGGUGGACAUUCCGGAGGAACGUGGCAGGUGAGACCUCUGGUAGCCUCUGUGAAAGCUCUUAUCAUUGCGACACCGACCAUCUCGGCUUAUUCACACUCCCUCUUCUGCAGCUUCUUGAAACUCUACGCGCAUAUCCAGCCACGCAAUCUGACCGAGUUCUCGUACAGAAUGGGGGAUACGGACAGAGCUCACAUCUAUCUCUCCUUCAUGCUGAGCGGAAACAACACCGGCGCGAUUCCAGCGCCUGCAGCUGCUGCUCCGGCUCCCAGUCCCAACGCGGUGCACAGAGAGGCGCCAUCAAUUCGAGGUACCGACAGCCCUGGACGGGCGCCUUCGCCUUACCGAGCCGCGUCUAGGCAACAGAGCAAUCCGACGACACCCACCACAUUCAUGGAACCCGUGGCUCUUGAGCAGAGCAGGGCAAGGCACGCAGAGCUGGACCCCAUCAUGAGAGCGAUCGAGGCGGACGGCACGAUGCGCGCGACGGACAUUAGCGAUAACGAGAUGGCAAAAUCGCACGCUAGGUACAUGGUCGGAGGUCGGUCUGGAAAGCAAGCGGAGAAUGUGCGACUUUUCCAGUUCAGUGAGUCUACCCUUGCUUCAUAACGCCGGCGGCUUGCAGAGCAGCGCUACAUUUGCUCGCUACGAGGAGUCAUCUGACGUAACAUGCUAUUCUUUGCCCUGCUCGCAGUCUUCCCUGAGAGACCAGGAGCGUUGAAGCGUUUCUUGGAGGGCCUGCACGCAGGCUGGAACAUCACCCUCUUCCACUAUCGUAAUCACGGCAGCGACACUUCCAAGGUGUUGGCGGGACUACAAGUUCCGCCUGAGGAUGCGGAUGCAUUCCACGCUUACCUGGACGAGCUGGGCUACACUUAUCAGGAAGAGACGGACAAUAUCGUUUACAAGCGCAUGUUGGCGUGA